UCAUAGAUAAAAAUACGUUGACAACUAUAAUGAUAAAAUGGCGAGUUAGUAUGUGUUGGUGGUUAUUUUAAGAUUACUUAUAAUUUGAGUGUAGGAAGAUUUUUAAUUUAACAAAUUUAUAAUUCAUACGUGUUAUUUGGUUUUUACAUUUAUAUGCCAUGAAUUCAUUUGAUUCGAUUGAAUUUACUCAAUGUGUUUCUAAACUUUCCGAUGAAGAUCAUAAUUGUACUGCUAUUGAUGAAACUACCGGAGAAUUUUGUGGUGAAACUGAAACUUUAAAAAUUAUCGAUAAAUUUCAAAAAUUAUAUGAAACACGUAUUGAAAAUGUUGAUCGUGAAUUUGAAAAUAAAUUUGAUCAAGUUUGUAUGAAAUUAGAAAUUUCAAAGGAAUGGAUUAAAAAUUUAAAGGAACAAAACGUUAUGCUAGUACAAGUAGUAGAGGACUUAGAGCAAGCUGCUUGUAAUAGAGUUAAAUUAUUGGAAGAAAAAUUGAAACAUUCAUCAAUGUUAGUUUCUGGAAAUAUGAUAAAAUCAACAAAUACAGAGAAGACUAUAAGUACACUUUUAAAUCGUGUAAGUAAUUUAGAAAAAGAUGAAGAAUGUAUGCAACAAAAAAUUGAGUUUCUUCAAAGUGAUAUUAGAGGAUUAUUAGAAUUAAUACGGCGUGCUGCACAAGAAAAUCAUUGGACUUUAGAUGAUAUAAAAUUCUUUGAAAUUCAACCUAGUGAUAUACCUGUUCCUACUAAUUGUACCUGUGAUCAGGAAAAUAUAAGUCACAAAAAAGUACAAUCUUUAAAAUUGCAAAUAAAAAAUUUUGAAGAAAAUGAAAAAAAAAUGAUUGUACACCAAAAAGAAUUAGAGGAUAAAUUAAUUGAUCUUAACGCAAAAUUACAAAUAAAGGAAGAUACCAUUAAAACAUAUGCUUUUCAGUUUCAAAAUCUUAGUGAUAAUCUUAGAAGACGUGUUAAAUUUACAGAUCAAAUUGCAUGCAAUACAUUUGUAGAAAAUAAUCAAGAAACUUUUGAUGAUAUUAAAAAUCCAAGGAAUUCUAUGAAUCAACAGAAUCAAAUUGUAUCAUAUUUGAAUAAAGUAAAAUCAUUGAUGGAACAAGAAAAGGAAGAUCUUUUUAAGUUAAAAGUAGAACUGGAAAGAACUGUAGAAAAAUUAUGCUGUGAGAAAGAUGAAGAAUAUAAAAUUGAAUCUAAUGAAUCUAAUAUGGAUAAUAUAAAAUAUAAAUUAACUAUAAAUAUUGAAUAUGUAAACAAAAUAUAUUCAAAAAAGGAUGAAUUAAUUGGAAUAAUUAAUUCUUUACUUCAAAUGGAAAAUGAUAAUCUUUUUCAUACAGAAAAUUUAAAUUUAUUACCAAAUACAGAUAUUAAUCAAUUUAAAUUAAUGGAUAUAUUUAGAGAAUGUGCUGUUGAAGCACAAAUUACUAUGGAAGAUAUCAAAGAUGAAAUAAAUAUGAUUGUUCUUCCUUUAAAUGUAGACAUCAAAAAUAUAUUGAUUUAAAUAAAGAAGUUUUGAAUGUACAAAAUCAGUUAAUAAAAUGUCGAGAAAAAAUAGCAAAUGUGGUUAAUAAAUUACAAUUACAAG